AUGUACAGUGUGGAGGACCUUCUCAUUUCGCACGGAUACAAAUUGCCCAAGAGCGGCCCUCCUUCUGCCACGCCUUAUGACAAGCGUCCUGCUGAUUGCCAGCGUGAACUUGUGGACAACAGGGCCGGCCGGGGGACGCUGAACGGGUAUGAGGCGGACCGGGGGGCAUCCUUCACAGGCAUCUACGCCAGCAGGCAGGCACUGGUGAAGUGCUUCCCCGCCACAGACAACGAGAGCGGGGAACGAUUCCAACGGAGGAAAGAAGCCGGCAUUGGUAUCCUAGGUGACGCUCAGCCCUUGGGUGAUUCUCUCGCCACGGAUAGUGGGUUCUACGAUGUUCCCAGUUUGACUUAUUCAGAGCCACUGAGCCAUGACGAAAGGGAUGUUUCCUACUGGCGGAGGCGAGGCCAGGACUUCAGCAUCCUCCUGGACUAUGCUGAUGGCAGGGAGCUGAGGGCCUCUGCUGGAGCAUGGAGGCCACAGGCCCUGAUCGCAGCUGAGGAGCACAGGGCAGAGAGGCGAGCGCAGCAGCUAUGGGAGGAUAUUUCCUGGCUAAGGGAUCCAGAUGCAGCCCCUUGUCAGCUAAGGGUGACUGGGGAGAGGAAGUGCCAGAGCCUUGGUACAGAAGAGUGGAGGCCUGCUGUGGGCCUGGGAAGGCAGCUGUCAGAUGGUGAUGGGGACAGAUGGGCUCAGGACCACUAUCGUUUGAGGACACCUGAGGGUUUUUUUCACCCUAGAACUAAAGCAAAGUCUCAAUCUCUCCCGAGAGUUUUGUCACCUGAUAGAAUUGAUGGCAGAGAGCUUAUUCCAUCCAGACCUAGCCUACCCGAUAGACAACAGAGGAUAAACAGCACUGUCUUCUCUGGGCCCUAUAGUAGGUAUAUCUAUAGUGGUCUUGGCAGGGAGCGUUGGGGUAGGAAUGCUGGGCCAAGCAGCCAUGUUGCACUUUUACCAAAGCCCAGGUUCAGCAGGCCUUUAAAGCCGCCAUCAUAUGAGAUUCACCAGCAGACUAGGGGUAGCGCAGAAAUGCUUGCUAUAGAGCAGGGUGCCAAACAAAAAGAUAGGUCUCUCUAUUUUCCAAGGGGCGGGGAGCUCAGACAAGACUAUUUCGCACAACACUCUGCCAUCACUGGAAUGGAGCCCCCUGGCUACAUCCCACCCCCAUCUUAUAGAAGACCCCCACUCCCAAGAGCAGUUUCAAUCAACCGCAAUGAGAUGGCAAACCUAAGAUGGAGGGCGGAAGCUCUGCAGAUGCAUAGUUCAGAUCCUGGAAGAUGGUUUUCCAGACAGGCAGGUGGUUCUUGGCUGGAGUAUUAUGGAGAUCGUGGGGCAUCCUAUCGAAAACUGGUGCAUUCUGGACAUGAAGAACAACCAGGUCCUGCCCGUCAAUUGCCAACUGAAGACCCAAGAGCGAAGCAAAUCUCAGGAGGGCCUGGGGGAAAUUCUCUCACUGACUCAGACAAGAUCCGUAACAUCAGCAAAGAGAUUCCACCCGCGAUUCCUUCAGCGAUUCCACCCGCGAUUGCGCCCCCGAUUCCACCCAAGAUUUUAGGACAAUCUACACAUGAUAGUGCCUUUCCUCCCCAACAGGGGCCAGCUCUCAAUACUGAUGGCCGCAAAACAUCUCUUAUAGAAAAUGACAGCAUUAAUCGAUGGUCUAACAGGGGAUUAAACAAAAAAAGUGACAGUGUAGGUCCUGAACAAAACCGUACUCAGUUCUUUCCUUCAUCUAUUCUGGGUAAACCCCCACCUCCCCCAUGCAAGCCGGUUGAUCAGGGUGUCUCUGAAAUUGUGGCAGAGGUAAAAAAGGUGGAGGUACCUGAUCCACCAGAAAAAGACAAAAACAAGAAUCUAAAAAAGAGACUUAGUGAGACAAUUUUUUGUUUGGUGUCUGUCCCUCCUACUCCACAACUCUGUGGGACGAUCCGUGAUCAGAAUAACAACAAUGAGAAGUCACCAGACCCAGCAGACAGUCCAAGUGAUAAUAAAACUGGCCACUUAACAAACCAAAGUCUCCAAAGCACAUCUUCAGCUGAAGCUGAGCUGCAAGCACUUACUGGUAGCAUAGCAAGCAGCAAAACAAGCAGUAGAGCAAGCAGCAAAAUGUUUAAAAGAGUACCCUGUAGACCCCCUAAAAUAAACCAUUACAAGGAGCUGAAACUGUCUGGAUCCUGGCCUUCAAACCAGUAUCGAGACCAGGAGACACAAACAAGUCCAGAGGCCCAAAAACCUGCCCCUGAAAACAAGGAAGCACAACAAGAACCUGUCCCUCCAGACACUGAGGACCCUCCUGACAGCAUAGGUGUAGCGGGCAGUUCCUUCACUUUUCCUAUUAAGGGAGUGAAGAGCCUGAAACUGUCAAGCAACAGCGCCUUCUCCCUGACAUCCACCUUCUCCAACCAGCUGAACAAGAGCACAGCUCCGCAGCCAGCAGUACCACCCUCAGGAAAUGUGGAGGAGAACAAACCAGCAGCAAACACUGGGUCAGAGGCAUUGCCACCGUUGCUACUGAAACCGACUGUCCAGCGGCCAUGGGAUGCAGUCAAAGAGCUUGAGACCAUCAAAAAGGAAGUCCAGGAUCAACAGCAGCAGCAGAAUAGCAAACAGCCCAGCGUUGACAAGUGCAUAGAAGACCUCAAUGAGGCUUACAAAGACAUCUUGGAGCUAGGCACUGCCAGCAAUAAAGUCCCAGAUGGUUCUGUACAAAUCCCUGAGCGUAUCAAAAUCCGGUUGACAUCAGAACCUCUCAACAAGCCCAGCAGCCUUAGGCGCAGUGCAGUAAGCUGGUCAGUUGACCCAGAAUACAGGGAAGUCAAGAGCGCCUUCUCCAGGCCUGCAACAAAAUCAGUGACUUUCAGCAAGCAGCUUCGGGAGGAACUGCCCGUCCCCCCCAGGGAGACAGGCUUCCGAGAAUACAGGGUUCUUUCGCACCUUUCGCGCAGACGGAGCACUGAUGGCAGGACAGUAAAACUAGAUCUGCCAGAUGAGCCCAUCGAGACACCACUUUGUGACUUCAGUCCAACAACGCACACCACAUCAGCUGAGGUACCCUGGGCAGACAGACAGCCCAUGCAGGAUGCCUCUACACUCACUAGUCCUCCAGAUUAUGAGGACAUAUGCCUGACUUUGCGUCAUACUAAAGACCCAUCUGAUGUCAAUAAAGCAUCUACAGGCAAUUCAAACCCGAAUGACCCUGAGACUCCUCAAGAUCUCAGUGGUGAAUCAGAGGAGGACUGCCCUAUUUGUAAAAGAGAGCUUGAGAAUCAGAUGAGACAGGGUCCAUUGCCUCCACUUCAUGAGGAGAACAGCUCGGACAGCUCAGCCACUCAAAAUGGCAGUCCACCACAAUGUGCUGCCUUAGAAAGUCCAGCAGAUGAUUCCCUAACUGCGGAGCCAAAUGACUCAAGUUUGAAACAGUCCGGGUCUGAUCUGUGUGGUGAAACAAGGGAACAGAGUACUUUGACACAGGGAGGGAAUGAAAUAACAGACAAUGCUCAAGCAGACAACUUGGACAAUAUUGGUGCAGUUAAUCCUGCUGAGAGCUUAUUAAUGAAUGACGCUACAAAGGAGAGCGCAUCCAUGAUAUUAGCAAAUGAUGUGCCUGCAGACCCCCAAGUCACAGAGGAACAGAGAGCUAAGGAACUAGAAGCGAAGGAAGCCAGUAUAGGAGAAAUACCUGAAGGCAGUGCAGACAAACAGUCAGCUGAAGGAAAAUUUGAGAAUGAGAUACAAGACAGUGCAGCGCCUGACGACAAACAGGCGCAGGAGAAGAAUCCUUUUGCCGUCCCAGAGCAGAGAGUUGUUCUACGGACUCAUUUAGGUCGAGACCACGCAGGGUUACCUGAGUUUCCACCAGAUAGACUGCCCCUUUCAGUUCCCCCUAAUCCAGACCGCAGGCUGUCUCUUAGCUUGGAGGGGGAGAGGAGGAGCAGGGGACCUGCUCACCGAAUGGAAGCGCUGCAGAACAAGCUGGCUAUUUCCCCAGGACGGGUUGCAGUUGAGCGUCUGGCCCGGAUGAGGGAUGUGGACGUUAUGUAUCGUAUGAGGCGCCUGAGUAUCAGGAGCAAUGACUCUGGGGAAGGGGACGCUGAGGGGGAGGGGGAGGGAAAGGAGGAACAAGUUGAGGAAAGCCACCGUUUGCCUCAGAGAAAUAAGGAGAAUGACCAAGAGGUCACCAAUUCACAGCAGGUCUCUGAUGAGACAGUGUUACAAAACAAGGAGUCAUCUCUCUCAGAACCCCAUGAUCCCAGCCGAGUGGAGACAUUGUAG